CCGCGAGGAGAUGCUCUAUCUGAGCGACCAUCUCCGGAGGGUCCAGGUGUGGCCCUGGGAGAGUUAGUCCAACCUAGGUAGCUGGGGAUGGAGAGCAAACUUGCACAUCCAAGCAAUCACAAGUAAGGAUUUUAAUUGCUGUGACUGGUGUGUGGACCAAACAUCAUUCAUCUGCCUCCAAACUGCCUAGUGACUGCUUCACCUGUCAUCCGUCUUUCUGAAGUGGCUUCUUGGGCUUAGAGAGCAGAUUCACUUAGACUUCUAGAAGCUGGAGCCAGGAAAUGGACUCAGUGGCUGUUGAGGAUGUGGCUGUGGACUUUACCCAGGAAGAGUGGGCAUUGCUGGAUGUUUCUCAGAGGCAACUCUACAGAGAUGUGAUGAUGGAGAUCUUCAGAAGCCUGGCCUCAGUAGCUUCUCGAAACCCUGUUGAUGAGGAAAAGCUAUCCACUGAAAAUAAAACAGUACGAUUCAUGAAAAAUGACACCUGUUCCUCGAUGGUAGGAGAAAUGCGUGAAUUGCAUGGCACUGAAGAUCAGGAUAAAAACCAGAAAACACAUGUGAGAAGUUAUAUUUUAGAGAAUCUCUUUGAAAGUGAUGAAGACAAUCGUUGUGGACAGACCUUCAUUCAGAUUCCAAAACUUUCUGUGCUAAAAAGAACUCCUAUGGAAGCAUAUCCUUCUGAAUGCCUUGAGUGUGGAAAAUCCUUGAUGAAUCAUUCAUCAUUUAAGCAUCAUAUGAAAUCUCACUCUGGAUGCAGUGCCUAUCAGUGUAAGGAAUGUGGAGAAGCCUGCAGUUGUCCCUCUUACCUCAGCACUGCUGUGGGAACUCGUACUGGAGAGAAAUCCUAUCAGUGUAAAGAAUGCGGCAAAGGCUUUCAUCAUUCCUCAAACCUCACUAUACAUAUGAGAAUUCACAGUGGUGAGAGGCCUUAUGUAUGUAAGGAAUGUGGGAAAGCCUUUAGACAGUCCUCAAACCUCACUGCACAUAUAAGGACUCAUAGUGGAGAGAGGCCUUACGUAUGUAAGGAAUGUGGGAAAGCCUUUAGUCAGUCCUCAGACCUCACUGUACACGUGAGAAUUCACACCGGAGAGAGACCUUAUGAAUGUAAGGAAUGUGGGAAAGCCUUUAGUCUUUCCUCAAACCUAACUACACAUAUAAGAAUUCACAGUGGAGACAGACCUUACAAAUGUAAGGAAUGUGGCAAAGCCUUUAGUCGGUCCUCAAACUUAUGUGCACAUAUGAGAAGUCACUGUGGAGAGAGACCUUAUGAAUGUAUGGAAUGCGGCAAAGCCUUUUGUUUCUCCUCAGACCUCACUGUACAUACCAGAACUCACAGUGGUGAGAGGCCUUAUGAAUGUAAGGAAUGUGGCAAAGCCUUUAGUCAGUCCUCACACCUCACUUCACAUGUAAGAACUCACAGUGGUGAGAGGCCCUAUGAAUGUAAGGAAUGUGGCAAAGCUUUUAGUCAGUCUUCAUACCUCACUUCACAUAUAAGAACUCACAGUGGAGAGAGGCCUUAUGUAUGUAAGGAAUGUGGCAAAGCAUUUAGUCAGUCCUCAAGCCUCACUGCACAUAUUAGAACUCACUGUGGAGAAAGACCAUAUAAAUGUAAGGAAUGUGGCAAAACCUUUAGUCAGUCCUCACACCUCACUUCACAUGUAAGAACUCACAGUGGUGAGAGGCCUUAUGAAUGUAAGGAAUGUGGCAAAGCCUUUAGUCGGUCCUCAUAUCUCACUUCACAUAUAAAAACCCACAGUGGUGAGAGGCCUUACGAAUGUAAGGAAUGUGGCAAAGCCUUUAGUCAGUCCUCAAACCUCGCUGCACAUAUUAGAACUCACUGUGGAGAAAGACCUUACAAAUGUAUGGAAUGUGACAAAGCCUUUUGUCAUUCCUCAGGCCUCACUAAACAUAUGAGAACUCACAGUAAUGAGAGGCCUUAUGAGUGUAAGAAAUGCAGCAAAGCCUUUCGUCAGUCCUCACACCUCACUACACAUGUAAGAAUUCACAGUGGAGAGAGGCUUAGUAAGGAAUGUGGGAAAUCCUUUAGUCAGUCUUCAGUGCUUACUGAAUGUAAAUAACCUCACAGUGGGAGAAACUGAAUGUAAAGAAUGAGGGAAAGCAUUUAGUUAUUCCUCAUCCGUCACUGAAUACAUAAGAAAUCACCCUGGAGAGAAACAUUUUGAAUAUAUGGAAUGUGGGAGAUUCUGUUGUGAUUCCUUAAACCUCACUAAUCAUAUAAAAACUCAUGGCUUAGAGAGGCUUUCUAAAUGUAAGAAGUUUGUCCAUGUAGAUGAAUUAUUAUGAUGGAACAAGCAAUGGUUAAUUGCUGACAUUCACUUCACCCUUUAAGCCCCUAAAAAUAAGGU